AGCACGACUCGCAGCCUGAACGCCACUCUUCGCCCGUUACGGGAUCCAUAUGCUUGUGAAAGCAAGGCUUAACAAAGCAAUGGGAACUUCACCAAAGGUGCUGCUAAGAGUCUAAAACACACCAGCAACUAAACGAUUUAACGGAACCACAAAGACCAUCCAUCUUUCCCGGUUGUGGACAGCGUGUCAACUCUGAAAAAAAACAGCGAUGGACCCGACAGACACAGCCCCGGAUUCGUGGGAGCUGGAGGAGGAUGCCGAGGCCCCGGCUGCCGCGGCGGGGCUCCCAACCGCCUUCGCCGCCCUAAACGUCAACGCCAAGCCCUUUGUCCCUAAUGUUAACGCUCCGGUGUUCGUACCGAGCUUCCUCCAAGCCAGCGCCGUAGAAAUGCCGGCCUCAGACGGUGCCCCUGAUGCGGUGGCCAGCAUGGAGGUGGCGGAAACAGCCGCUCCUGUGGAAAACGGAGGCACAGAGGCAGACAUGACCACAGAGGAGGAGACAUGGGAGCAGAAGGAGGAGCCGGGGGGAGGCGGAGGAGGUGGAGGCGAGGACCUGGAGUCAGGAGGAGCUUGCAUGGAGGGGGGCGCUGCAAGGAAAGAAGAUGAGGAGAUGAUGGAGGAGGAAGAGGAGGAGAUGCCGAUGCCCAAAGUGGCUCCAGCACCACCAGAUGCCCCCAAGAAAGAACAUGUGAACGUGGUCUUCAUUGGUCACGUUGAUGCUGGUAAAUCAACUAUUGGAGGACAGAUCAUGUACUUAACUGGAAUGGUGGACAAGAGAACCCUGGAAAAGUAUGAAAGGGAAGCGAAAGAAAAGAACAGGGAGACAUGGUACCUGUCGUGGGCUUUGGACACAAACCAGGAGGAGAGAGACAAGGGGAAGACAGUGGAGGUCGGCAGAGCUUACUUUGAGACCGAGAAGAAACAUUUCACUAUUCUGGACGCCCCUGGACACAAGAGCUUUGUCCCAAACAUGAUUGGUGGAGCGUCACAAGCCGACCUGGCAGUGCUGGUGAUUUCAGCCAGAAAGGGCGAGUUUGAAACUGGCUUUGAGAAGGGUGGGCAGACAAGGGAGCAUGCCAUGCUGGCCAAAACAGCCGGGGUUAAGCAUCUCAUUGUCCUGGUCAACAAAAUGGAUGACCCCACUGUCAACUGGAGCCUAGAGAGGUAUGAAGAGUGUAAGGAGAAGCUGGUGCCGUUUCUUAAGAAGGUGGGCUUCAACCCCAAAAAGGACAUCCACUUUAUGCCUUGCUCUGGACUCACGGGUGCCAACCUCAAGGACCCUGUACCUGAAUGCCCCUGGUACACGGGUUUGCCAUUUAUUCCCCAUCUGGACAGUUUGCCAAACUUCACCAGAUCCAGCGACGGGCCAGUCAGGCUACCCAUCGUAGACAAGUACAAGGAUAUGGGGACAGUUAUUCUGGGAAAGCUGGAGUCUGGAUCUAUUAGUAAAGCCCAGCAGCUGGUCAUGAUGCCAAACAGGCACACAGUGGAGGUAUUGAGCCUGCUGAGCGAUGAUGUGGAGACAGAUGAUGCAGGUCCAGGGGAGAAUCUGAAGUUGAGACUGAAGGGCAUCGAGGAGGAAGAAAUCCUGCCUGGUUUUAUCCUCUGUAGCCCCGACAAUCUCUGCCACUCUGGUCGCACCUUUGACGCGCAGAUCGUCAUCAUUGAGCACAAAUCAAUCAUUUGUCCUGGAUACAAUGCAGUCCUUCAUAUCCACACCUGCAUCGAAGAAGUGCAGAUCACGGCCUUAAUCUGUCUGGUGGACAAAAAGACAGGAGACAAAAGCAAAACACGACCACGGUUUGUUAAGCAGGAUCAGGUGUGUAUCGCCCGGCUCCGGGCAGCAGGAGUCAUCUGCUUAGAGACUUUCAAGGACUUCCCUCAGAUGGGACGAUUCACGCUGCGGGAUGAAGGCAAAACCAUUGCCAUUGGCAAAGUGCUGAAGCUGGUGCCAGAAAAGGACUAAAUGCAACUGUGGCAGCAUGCAUGGAGUUCUUCCAGUCGUUACCAGAGGAGAAACGCUGCUAGAGCCGACCCCAACAGCUACUCUCUCUUUACACACAACUAUGCUGAGGAGAAGAUCAACAAAGAGGAGAAUCAAAUUGCAUCAGAUGAAGGAAUCAAGACUGAAUCAGUUUUUAUGAUGAACAAUAUGUAAUGAGAGACCAAGUCCAGUGUGUCAGCUUUCUCAUAUUGAGAGCUCAGCUAUGCCACUAAUGUAGCUACAUGCCCCCCCCUUCUGUACUCCCAUGGCUAACCGCACUGUCGGCUGGCCGAGCCAUUUGUUUUUAGAAUGGAGAUGGAUGCAGUGUUGUGAGUUUGGGGAGGAAAUACAAAAAUAUUCUGCUAAAGACCAGUGUAAGCCUGUAAUACUGAUUUGCAAAGUUCAUCUCCCUGUUUAAGAGUGAAGUUAAGACUCCAGAGGACAUUUUAUUUGGUUUUAAGGAUUGCUGUACCAAAAUUUUUUGUUUGGUCUCUCUCCAAGUGAGGUGAUUGAAUUGAAUUGAGCUCACAUACUUCUCUGAUGAAACAUGGAUAAACACACUCUCACACACAGACACACACAGCUGUUACAUAAUAUAAAUGAAAAUAAAUGAUCAAGC